AUGUCGAUAGACAAGGGCAGCAAUGGAGGGCAAGCCUUUGUCCGUCCGCCUGCGCAUCCAGUACCGCAAUUACAAAAACCUUUUGAGGAGUCAAUGCUGGAAUCAAUAUCUGAUCAGGUCCCGGAAGAUGUCCCUACCGACGCCAUGACACGAAGGACAAUGCUCCUCGAGGCUCCUACCUAUGAACGGGUAAUUGCGGGCAGGUGGAAGCAGAAACCGGGAGAAAAAUAUCAUCCACUCUGGAAACUCGUGGCGCAACUAACCUUUGGGAUGCAUCUAUUAUCACAGAACAUGGCCAUUUCGGAAGAGGAGGUCAUGAGAAUCUUGCAGUCUCACGUCGACGAUAUCGAUGCCUUCCUGGAACGGACCACAGAGGAUUUCGAUCUUGCACAAAGUGAUAUCCAUGAGAGAAUACGUUGUCUCAAGCUCCCGCUUGCACAUGGAGAAGUGUUUGACCGAAUGUUGGAGGAUCGGGCAUUUCGCGCUUCCAUUCUCGAGGGGAACGAAAAGAUUGACCAUGUCAUCAGCCGGACCAAGAGAGCGGCAAAAGAUGCUCUGAAGGAUGUACAGAAGGGAUUCGAUGCUACCAACGUCAUGGAAAAAUACCUGUCAAAGUUGAACUCGACAUGGAAGAGGGAAUCGCCUGAGCACGAAGCCGUUCUAGUCGCUAUGCUUGGGAACGUCGAAGGUUGGCGCCGAGCUUUCCUGGAGUUGCAUCUACAAGGGAACAAGCUGGCUGGGUCUCUGAAGAAGCUCGCGGAGGUGGUUUCUGAGAUGGAGCAAAGAGCUGCGGCUGUCAGCAGAAAUCUUGUGGCUAGAGCUCAGAAGACCAAACACAUUACUUCUCAGGAUGCUGGCCGUGCCCCGUCUCAGUUAGGGUCCAUCGCCGAGCACAAGCCACUCCCCAGUGAACCAGGUCGUCAACACUCGACCAGGAAUUCAUCUCGAAGUACCCAACUUACCAGCUUCUCCAGUCGACCGAACAGCGGCCGAAAGUCAAGCCAAGGAUUGAAUUCGCAACCUCAGUCUUACGGCCAUCAGACGCCGCAAUCUCCAGAAUCUAGAAGACCAGGUAACGAAGGAAUACCUGGGCAGUCAUUUCCUGCCGAAAUGCUGGCGACCGAAGGGCCGCAGCUCGCUUCAGACCGAAUUCACAGUCUGGGGGGCCUACUCAUUCAACACGGCGAGGAGCAUCUCGUUGAACUUCCAGCCGAUGUUCCUGAAGAUCUACUUCGGCAAGCGCCGGUCUCGAUUAAGAAUCGAUUGAGCAUGACACUCGGGCUGAAACCAAAAGACAAUACGAGUCACCGCAUAUCUAGUGUCUACUAUCCCAGAGCGUUGGGUGACCUUCUGAAGUCCCCUGCUAUAUCCUCUCUGUUACUUACCCCUCAGACCGCAAAUUCGAAAGGCACACCGGUACAGACAGUGAUGUCGCCUGUCAUUCCAGAAGGUAACGCCGACUUCUUUCUCUCUCGCGAACAUAGUCCCUCGUUAGGGGUAUUAAACCCGGAUCACAAAAAUGGCGUCGACUCUGCCAAACCGUCUCCAACAGGCGCUCAGGCGUCGGCUCGGGCCUCGAUAGUGGAUCCAUCAAGGCCAGUAACGCGUCGCUCAUCAAUCCCUAACCCAGCAUUCACCUCUCAUCCUGCUGUGAUGUCCAUGGCAGCUCCUCCGGUAGAGCUGCCGGCCCCGGUUGAGACAGUAGCGAGAGAAGAGUUGUUGAACUCUCCGUCCUCGCGGAAAGGCUCUCAAUUUUCUAGCCUGGGGGAACCUGGACCAGAGUUGAACGAAGGUGAAAUGACUAGGUCAACUUCCGGUUCAGUGCUGGACACGACAACGGCCAUUGAGCAACCGACGAUCACCGUUGCUGUCGUGCCAGCCUCCGGCGAAGAGGAAGGGCAGGGAAAGGCCGAAAUGGAGAUACAGAUUCAUCUUCAAACCCAAGUGGAUGCGAGAAACAGCACACAAAAUGCUGUAUAUGGGUCGGUGGUGACACCUUUGCAGCCUCAGAUCGCAGCUGCAGCGCCUCCGCCGUCUAAAGAAACCGAAAACGCCAAUGACGGCGAAAGAUCAGCAAUUCCCGUCGCUGCGCUCACAAUUUUUGAAGACCAGGUCACAUCUCAAACAACAUCAGGUAACGUCUCAAAUAACGUGCUUGCUCAGCAAGUCGACACACUGAGCCCAAAAAGAGAAUUUAUUGCCGAGUUAGAGGCCCAUGUCCCUAACCCUCCUCAACCCAAACCGAAGGAAGAGUUCGGACCUGUAGAGCUGGAAGCUCCACAUCAAACAUUCAAGCUGCCUCCAAGGCCAGUUGCUGUGGCCGAAAUCCCAGUAGAAGAAAUUCCUCGCGCCAGCAAAGGCCUGCCUGCCGACUUGUUCAAGCUGCCUCCGAGACCCGUUACCCUGGCCGAAAUCCCAGAGAAAGAAAUUCCUCGUGCCAGCAAAAGCCCUCCUAGCGACUUGUUCAAGUUGCCUCCAAGACCAGUCGAAAUUCCAGAAAAGGAAACUCCUCGUGCCAGCAAAAGCCCCCCUGCCGACUUAUUCAAGCUGCCCUCCGAACUCACAAUCAAACCUGGUAUGAAGCCCAAGGACUUUGGGGGUUCGAACAAGCCAGAGCCGAUUCGACCCUUGAAGUUGAAGCUCGCCAAGAAAGACGGCAAGAUUGUUCCCGUACAAGUCUCGAGCCCUGGCGGGAGUUCGCAGAGAGUGGACAGUCCGGGCCCCAAGCUCAAAAUAGAUGUUGUUGCAGAUAUCAUCGACAAACUGUCCUAUACACCACCAGGUUCACCUAUCCAUGCCCGAUCAGCUUCGAGUGUCUCUUCAAAUUCGGCACAACGCUGGUCGCACCAAUCAUCCCGUUCGCUAGGACCCCCGGAGCGGGCUCCUGCGCCCCCAGCUCCAGGAGGCCGACCGAUGGUGGAACCUGAUUUUGCCUCUGCGGGACAGUUUGAGGGAGAACGUAAGCAGAAGAAAAAGAAGAAGAAAAACAGCAAUGCUGGGGAGGGAAGUAAGAGUGGAUGGAAAAGUCUGUUCCGGGGGAGCAUUGCGGAUAGCAGCAGCGUCACUACUGCAAGGAGCUCAGAAAGGGCUUCUAUACACACAAUGACGACGACGACAACGGGGACGGCAGCAACAACAACUACAACGAAUGGGACUGGAUCAGCACCAAAGGCAGGCUUAGAGGCAGUUCCACCCCCUCAAGCGGACAUGAUGACUACGUCUGGCAAAGACGUGCUCUGGUUCCGGGGAGAUACGAAGAAAUGA